UUUCUUUCUUAUUAUACUAUUAUUUUGACUUUUCAGUAUGAAAUGGAGAAGGUGAUUAAUAGGAAAGUCAAAUUUGAACUAAAUAUAUAUAUUUUAGACUAAAACAAAAUCGUGCAGAAACAAGCGAUUGAAUUGACACUGUUAUGCGAUUGAGUUGUCUCCAGCAAUUCCAGAUCCGAAAGUUUCCCAGAUCCAGCUUCAUGGCCCAAUCAGCGAGUGCCGGCCCUGCGAAGAAACUUAUUCAAAUUGAUGUCAGUGCAGACACUGUAUGCCCAUGGUGCUUUGUGGGGAAAAAGAAUCUCGAUAAAGCUAUAGCAUCAUCGAAUGAUCAAUACAAUUUUGAGAUCAAAUGGCACCCCUAUUUUCUUAAUCCUUCCGCGCCCAAGGAAGGUGUUGUUAAGAAGGACUAUUACAGGAAUAGGUUUGGACCGCGAGUUGAACAAAUGGAGUCUCGGAUGAGUGAGAUCUUUAAGGGUUUUGGGAUGGAAUACGACAGGGAUGGACUAACGGGAAAUACUCUGGAUAGCCAUAGGUUAAUAUAUUUCGCUGGACAACAAGGGCCAGAUAAGCAACAUGCACUUGUUGAAGAACUUUGCCUUGGUUACUUCACACAGGGAAAGUAUAUAGGUGACAGGCAAUUUCUUGUGGAGUCUGCAAGAAAGGUAGGACUGGAAGGGGCAGCAGAGUUUCUUGAAGAUCCAAACAAUGGACUGAAGGAGGUUAACGAGGAACUUCAGAAGUACUCAGCAAAUAUAAGCGGAGUCCCAUAUUACGUGAUAAAUGGAAAGCACCAAUUGAGUGGAGGCCAACCACCGGAAACCUUCCUGAGAACUUUUCAAACAGCUGCAAGCAAAUAAAAUGUUGUUUUCUGAUCAACUAUGGGGGAGUCCUUCAGUUCGACCACAUGGAUGGCUUGUUUCUUUUUUCGUUCUAUUCUUCUUAAAUUUAUCUUGUUAUCUCAUUGUCUGUGCAGAUGGUAUUAAUGUCAUUAGAAAAAUAAGGUGCGAUUAAACCCGAGUUGUUGUAACAUUGGUAAUAAGUGAAACUUUUGCACAAACAUAUUAUCUAUAUUGGAUUGAAAACGAAUAUUUGUAUGUGUUCAUAUUGUCUACCUCUGUUCAAAUGAUGUUUUCAAAUG